AAAGAAAAAAAAGAGUGAAAAGCAAAAAAAGAAGUGAAUUUGUUUCCCCAUAUCAAAGCAUUUUAGUGUGAGUGGUUAAAAAAAUUUUCUCAAUAAUCGAGGAAUUAGCUUCUUCAGUGCCUAGUGUUGGUGUUUAAAAUUCUCACAUUGUUUCACGAUUUUUGAUAAAAAAGAAAAGUUUUUUUCAAAAAAAAAAAAAUAUAAAAAUCAAGUGCCAAAGAAAAAAGAAAUCCAGUGCUUAAUAAUGUGAUUUGUGAUUAAAGCAACGAGAGAAAAAUAGUUCUGAAGAUAUUUUCUUUAAAAAAAAAAAUCACGCUUUUGAAAAUUCAAUUUUUUCUCUUUCUUUCUCUCUGAGACACGUACACAUUUUUUUUUCUCUCCUUUUUCUCUCAAUUUCUUAUAAAAAUGUCAAAAAAAUCGGUUUGCUGGAAGCUAUGCAGAUUUCUCUGGGGGAGAAAAUCAGAACACCGAUGGAGCACAACCGAUGGCGCCUGCAACAGCAGCAGAUAUAUCAAAGCGAAAUUUCUUCGUUACGAGAAUCAGAAGAGAAGUACAGACAACAAUAUUCUGAAGCAUCGCAUAGAGAAAAAAUUCUAGUUAGAAGACUUGCUUCUAAGGAACAGGAAUUACAGGAAUAUGUUAAUCAAAUUUCUGAAAUGAAAGCCGCCCAAGCACCGUCCGCCGCAGCGUUGAGAUCCGCCUUAUUAGAUCCUGCUGUAAAUAUUUUAAUUCAAAAAUUAAGACAAGAAUUGACAACAACAAAAGCAAAAUUGGAAGACACGCAAAAUGAACUCAGUGCUUGGAAAUUCACACCCGAUAGCAAUACUGGAAAGAGAUUAAUGGCAAAAUGCAGAUUGCUUUAUCAAGAAAAUGAAGAAUUAGGAAGAAUGAUUGCCAGUGGGAGAAUAGCAAAAUUAGAAGGUGAACUUGCACUUCAAAAAGGUUUUAGUGAGGAAGUGAAAAAAUCACAAAGUGAAUUAGAUGAAUUUCUCCAAGAUUUGGAUGAAGACGUUGAGGGAAUGCAGAGUACAAUAUACUUUUUACAACAGGAAUUACGUAAGGCCCGCGAAUCAGUGACACUUUUACAACAGGAGAAUGCAUCAUUGAAAACAAAUUCAAGUGAAAAUAAUUUGACAAACGGUCUAUCGCCACAUACACCGCCAAUUAAAACUGAAUCAGAGGAAAUUGUUGUUCAAAGUGUUGAUUUGAAAAAUGAAGAAAGUGAAUUGUGUAAAGGUGCAAGAACUCCACCAUUGCCUGAUGAAAAAUCAACAACAAUAAGUGUUGGUGGUGAAAGUGAUGAAAAAUCGGAAAGAACUGAUUUAAAAGGAAUAUCAGAAACAGAACAAAAUGAUGAAAGCUCACGUGAUUCACCUGCCUUGAUUAUUAAAGUUGAAAAUGAAGAGCUAAGUGAUCGUGACGAUGAGGAGGAAUCAUCACGAAACACUAAUCGAAGGACGUUAAGGACUAAAAAUAAUAAAAAUAAUUUGAAAUCUAGUGGUAAGACUAAUGGUGAAGAAGUGUUGACAAGGACAACGAGGGGUAGGGAUAGGACGAAGAGAGACAAAAGUGUACCGGGUAGUGAUGAGGAAAGAAUUCACAAAAAGAAACGAAGAGAAAGCAUCAUUUCGAUUGAUUACAACGAAGCCGAUGACGAUGCUUUGGUAUUGACUAAUGGCGAGACACUCCAAAGCGAUCCUGAAUAAAUUUCUAUUAUCGAGUGGAAAAUUUAAAUAUUCUUCCUUUGUUUUUUUUUUGUUUUUAUAAAAUGUGACCAAAGUAGGUUGCUGAAAUCUAGUUAAAAAAAGUGAAUUUCUUCAAGUUGAAUAUAAAAUAAUAUUAAAAAGAUUGAAUAAUAAAAUU